AUGGAGGAAGCUAUCAUCCAACGACACCCUGGUCAAACGGCUGCCACUCAGCACCGGAACAAACGGGGCACACCGAUCGACGGCAUUUUCACGACCUCUGGGGUGGCUGUACAGGCUGGAGGCUACUACAACUUUGAUGAGUUUUUCUCGUGCGACCACCGCGGUCUUUGGAUUGAUAUCGACCUGGAGAAAUCCUUGGGCGGGUACAAACCACAGCAGACCCCGUACAAACCCCGCAAACUUACUAUGUUGGAUACUACAGCAGUCCGCCGUUACCUGCAACUCGUUCACAAGGGCUAUGAGGAAUACUCCAUCCCAUCUCGCUUGGCGUCCCUACAUCACCAACUGCAACUAAAUGAAGGGACCAUGACAGCAACAAUGGGUCGUCAUUAUAACUGCCUGCACCGUCAGAUGUACGUCGUAAGGCGAAAGGCGGAGGAAAAAUGUAGACGGGUCACUAAUGGAUUGGUGCCCUGGUCUCCUAAGAUGCAACAGUUUUGGGAUUGUCAAUCCUUGUGGAAGAUCCUUUUGAAGGGGAGGAAGGGUUGCCGG